UCACCAGCGCUGGCCACUGGCACAAUAUAAUAGCGAUUGAUCCACUAACCGAGGAGAGGGAUUUACUUUAUUCAACCUUUCAUUUCAGCCGUCCUUUAUUUUAUUGAACUAAAACAAUGGCAGACACAGAAGUUAACACCGACUCGGGGAUCACAACCAAGGACCUGAAAGAGAAGAAGCUGGUGGAGGAGAAGAACGGCAAAGAGGUCGCCAACGGGAAGGAGAAUGAGGAGAAUGGCGAGCCCGACGUAGACGAGGAAGAUGAUGAGGAGGUGGAUGAGGAGGACGAGGAAGAUGACGGAGAAGGAGAUGAGGAAGACGAAGAUGAGGACGACGAUGAGAUCGAGGGCGGCACAAAACGGGCAGCUGAGGAUGACGACGACGAUGACGAGGACGACGUCGAAACCAAGAAGCAGAAAACCGACGACGACGAUUGAUGCGUUUUCCCCCCGCGCCAUCCUGCUGAACCACUUCCUGAUUCUUCACCUCUGACUGUUUUUAGAUGUCACAGGAGGAAGGGCUGGAGGACUGAUUUAAAGGAAAAAAUAAUAAUUAAAAAAAAUCCAACAUGGUCAUUAGCAAGUAGAGUUCAACAAACAUCUACCACACACACACACACACACACACACACACAUACACAUGUACACACAUGAUCUCCCCUCAAAACUGCAAAUUUUCUAGAGGAACCCGCCACCACAUCGACGCAGAAUCCGGCUUCUCUUCAACAACAACACGAAAGGAGAAUUUGUUUGUAUUUUUAUUUACAUUUUAUAUUUUUGUACAUAUUGUUCGGAGGGGAGGUCAGUUUCUCUCUCGGCAGCGAUCUCGUCAGACCAAAUCGGUGCUUCUUUAACGAAAGAUUUUACUUGGUUGACCAUGUUACGAUAUCUCAACAGAUAACUAGAAAAAACAUGUAAAAACAGUUAAAAAAUACCAUGAAAGAAAACCUCUUAAAGCCGUUGAACUCAGAGCAUUCCAGUAAAUUUAAUGUAUGUACUUUAGCUGUACCAUAACUAGUUUGUUUGUAUGGGAGGGUAAGGCCAAAGAAAAGAGCCUCUUUUCUUUUUCCUUUUUAUUUUGUUUUUGUCAGCGACUUUUUGUUUUAUGACGGCCUGUUUUGAUGUAUGUGCGAAGUUUGUUGUUUGACAAUAAACCGGACUUUUAUUUUGUGAGUUGUA